AUGGCUAGUACAGCAUUUUUGCUGAAGGACGAUCCUUCGCAGGCUGCGGAUUUAUAUUCGCUAUUAUACGCUCUGGAAUAUCUGGAAAGAGGAUAUAUCGGUGGAUAUUCGCCGUCCGAUGAAUAUGAAACAGAAUGCAAAUCACUGCUAUCAUUGUGUAAGGUCCUAAAUGAAGCUACACCGGAUAUCUUCGUUUCGUUUUCCAAGGAAUUCAGCUUCCAUUGCCCCUUGGCACUUAAUCGAAUAAAGGUUGGCCAGCCAGCUACUUUAGAACGACCUAAAGAUCAAAAGGAGAAUAAUCAGAAGCUAAUGAUAUUCGAACUUAGUGAGCAUUUUAUAACUCUGAUCGACGCACUCAAACUUGGAAGUAUAGCUGUGGAUGAGCUCUACCCACUUUUACACAGUCUUAUUUUGUCUAUAAGUUCCAUAGAAUCUUCACACGAGAAGAAUUCCAACGAGGCGUUUACCCUAAAGUCGGUGGACAAACUCCAGAAGUGGGAUAAAAGGCUAGAAGGUAUGGGUGCCCAUGAAGAACUGAGUUCUAACGAUGCUAGACAACUUAGCAUGGAUACAGAAGCUGCAUAUACAUUUUUCAAAACAUUCCUGAGGCAGCAACAAUAG